AUGCUCCAGCACCUACCCUCGUCUUCGCCGCCCACGGCCCGCAGCAUGCUAGCUCGUCGUAACGACCGAAGCCGCGGCGAAGCCCGCCAAGACAGAGAGGCUGAAGGGCGAGGCGAUACGAUCGAUGCGGAGACGGCGCGGAUGGAUGUGCAGGGGGAGAGGCUGAAGGUAGAGAUGGAGGGGAUGAUUACGGUGGAGACAGAGCAGGCGGCGAAAGACACCGCGAUGGCGCUGGCGGAGACGGAGAGGUUGAAGGCGGGGCUGGCGAUGGAGAGAAGUGAAAAGAGCAGGAAUGAUGCCGAGACGGCGAGCGUUAAGGCAGAGGCGGAGCCAACGAAGGUGGAGACAGAGAAGUUCGUGAAAGCGUUUAUGGCGUCAGUACCCGAAGCGAAAUCACCGGAGCUUGAGGCUCAUUGGGCGUGGGCGAUGGCGGAGCAGGGGCGGAGGAAGAAGGAGGCGUUGAUUGGGCGGACACAGGUGGAGGGGGAGACUGUGUGGGGUGGGAAGGACGAUGCCGCGUCGGCGCGGGAGACGAAGCGGAAAUACUUCAAGAAGGAAGCGGGGAAUCUGGCGGUUAAGAUGGAGGGGAUUAGGGCAGAGACAGAGCGGCAGAAGGCGGAGACGGAGAUGGUGGAUUUAACGGAUGGUGCUGGAUCGGCGCGGGAGUCACAGGGGAUAUCUUGGGAGCGGCUGGGGGGAGAGACGGUCGGGAUGAUGGCGGAGAUGGAGAGAAUGACUGGGGAUACGGGAGUGGUCGACAAGAAGAUUAAAAGCUGGGUGCGGGUGCAGGAGGGUGGGAGUGCGAAGACCGGGGAGGAUAAGGCGAGGACGGAUGUGGAGGUGGAGCGGAAGAAGAAGGAGGCGAAGAAGGCCUUCGAGGAGAGGCCCAAAAUCAAGAACUGGAAGAGUGAGAUUUUGACAAAAUGGCUUUAUGGAUGA